AUGGAGCCCAACAGCCCUAAAAAAAUACAGUUUGCUGUGCCACUGUUUCAGAGUCAAAUAGAUCCUGAGGCAGCUGAGCAGAUCAGGAAAAGAAGGCCUACACCAGCAUCGCUCGUCAUCAUGAAUGAACACGUACCCCCAGAAAAAGAUGAGAAAAGAACAAACAUCUCACAGGCAGAGUCCCAGAGCGGCUCUCCCAAGCAAAGGAAGCAGAGCGUCUUCACCCCGCCUGCCCUCAAAGGGAUUAAGCAUAUGAAGAGUCAGAGUGAUUCAGCGUUCCCCGAGGAAGAAGAGGGAGUUAGUGAAAGGGAAGAGGAGUGGGGCCAUUAA